AUGCCUUCAGCAACAGGCCAGUCCUGGGAGAAGUACCAGAAGAACUUCGCCGACGAUGAGGUAGAGGAGAAGAAGAUUACACCUCUUACCGAUGAGGACAUUCAGGUGUUGAAGACAUACGGAGCAGCACCUUAUGGUGCUGAGCUCAAGAAGCUGGAGAAGGAGAUCAAAGACAAGCAACAGACGAUAAACGAGAAGAUUGGCGUCAAAGUGGAUACCGGACUCGCACCUCCACAUCUCUGGGACAUUGCCGCCGACCGCCAACGAAUGCAAGAAGAGCAGCCCCUCCAAGUCGCCCGAUGCACAAAGAUAAUACAGGACGAGAGGGAUCCGGAAAAGAGCAAAUAUGUCAUCAACGUCAAGCAGAUUGCCAAGUUCGUCGUCAACCUCGGAGAGCGCGUCUCACCGACCGACAUUGAAGAGGGUAUGCGCGUGGGUGUUGACCGCAACAAGUACCAGAUUCUGCUUCCUCUCCCGCCCAAGAUCGAUCCUUCAGUCACCAUGAUGACAGUCGAGGACAAGCCUGAUGUCACAUACGGCGAUGUAGGAGGUUGCAAGGAGCAGAUCGAGAAGCUACGAGAGGUGGUCGAGAUGCCGCUCUUAUCGCCAGAGCGCUUCGUCAACCUCGGUAUCGACCCACCCAAGGGCGCUCUUCUAUACGGCCCCCCAGGAACCGGAAAGACACUAUGUGCCCGAGCAGUCGCGAACCGAACAGACGCCACCUUCAUCCGCGUCAUCGGCUCUGAGCUGGUCCAAAAGUACGUCGGAGAAGGCGCUCGCAUGGUGCGCGAGCUCUUCGAAAUGGCGCGAACAAAAAAGGCGUGCAUCAUCUUCUUCGACGAAAUCGAUGCCGUCGGCGGUGCCCGCUUCGACGACGGCGCCGGCGGCGACAACGAAGUCCAACGCACCAUGCUGGAACUCAUCACACAACUCGACGGCUUCGACGCCCGCGGCAACAUCAAAGUCAUGUUCGCCACCAACCGGCCCUCCACACUCGACCCCGCCCUCAUGCGUCCCGGCCGUAUCGACCGUAAAAUCGAAUUCUCCCUCCCCGACAUGGAGGGUCGCGCCAAUAUCCUGCGUAUCCACGCAAAGAGCAUGAGCGUCGAGCGCGAUAUCCGCUGGGAACUCAUCUCGCGUCUCUGCCCCAACAGCACGGGUGCCGAGCUGCGUAGUGUGGCGACCGAGGCGGGCAUGUUUGCGAUUCGUGCGAGGAGAAAGGUGGCGACUGAGAAGGACUUUCUUGCUGCGGUGGACAAGGUUAUCAAGGGCAAUCUCAAGUUUAACUCUACGGCUACUUAUAUGCAGUACAAUUAG